AUGAGGAGACCAACUCAUUCUGGAAGUUGGUAUCCAAGUUCCCCAAGGGUCUUGGGAUCUGAGAUUAGAUUAGCGCUGGAGAAUGUUUCUGAUCUUACACAUCACAAACUUAAAUACAUUAUUGCCCCACAUGCUGGAUAUGCAUAUUCCCUAAAGACUGCGGCAUAUUCGUAUGCACAAAUAGAUGCAACACAAGUGAAGAGAAUAUUCAUUCUUGGACCCUCGCAUUAUUUAUAUCUACUGGGAUGUGGAAUCGAUAAGUUUGCUAAAUUGGAUACACCUUUGGGACAUUUGGAUGUCGAUACCGAAAUAAUUGAUCAAUUGAGCAAAGUUGAAGGAUUCUCUACAAUAAAAAAUGACUGCUCGGAAGAAGAACACUCAAUCGAGAUGCACCUUCCAUUAGUGAAGUAUAUUACAAAUGAAAAUAAGGAUAUUAAAGUAGUACCUAUAAUAGUUGGAGAUUUCAACAAUAAAUUGAAGGAUCAUAUAGCAAAUACACUACUUCCAUAUUUCAAUGACGAGUCUAAUCUAUUUAUAAUAUCAUCUGACUUUUGUCAUUUUGGAUCCAGAUUUCAGUUUACCAAAACAGGUUACGAGAAGGAGAACAGGCCACUUCAUGAAUCAAUUGAAAUGUUGGACAGAAAAUCAAUAGAAUAUAUCACGAGCCAUGAUCUUAUAGGAUUCGAAAAUUAUAUAGAUGAAACUGGGAAUACUAUUUGUGGCCGCAAUCCCAUACAAAUACUACUAAAGGUAAGCAUACAGCUUCCAUUCAUGAACUUUAAAGAUGAUAUCUCUAUCAAGCCUACAAAUAGUUUCAACACUCCUUUUUUAUACACAGUCGUCACGAAUUACAAGAUUGAAUGA